UUAUAUAAUCACAGUCCGCGAUCCUUUCUCUGCCAUGAACGGAGCUUCUCCGCUCCGGCGAGUAGAACCAUGUUCCUUAAGUCAUAAAACACUGUAAUAAUUACACAUUACACAUAAUAUAUAAUACUCAGUUAAGCUGAGCAACAAUCCAUGCACUUAUAAAUCUUGGAUUUUUCACGUCAAGAUCGAGGAGUUUUAAUUUGCAGUACAAUGAAGAAAGAAGCGAUCGAUCUUUGAAGCAACAAAAAAUGUCGAGGGUGUUGGAGGAAGAUGAUCGGGAAAUCUCAUAUAGUAGCAGGAGGAGUAGUGUGGGUUCGAGUAGCAGGCGGAGUUGGCACUCCGCCGCCAACCUCCGGGAGGUGGCGUGGCUGGGGACGGCGGACGUGUUCGGCCGGAGCGCACGGCGGGAGGAGGAGGAGGAGGAGCUGCUGUGGGCUGCCAUCGAGCGGCUGCCGACGUUCGAAAGGAUGAGGAAAGGCAUGCUGAAGCAUGCAGCGGUGGGCGGCGGCGACGGCAGACUUGUGGCGGAGGAAAUCGACCUCAGAAAGCUUGGGAAGCAAGAAAGGGAAGUGUUAAUGGAGAGUAUACUGAAAGGUGAUGAGGAAGACAAUGACAGGUUUCUUCUACGGUUUAGGGAAAGGAUUGAUAGGGUGGGGGUUAAUAUACCAAAGAUUGAAGUAAGGUAUGAACAUUUGUCAGUGGUGGGAGAGGCACAUGUUGGGCAUAGGGCAUUGCCCACUUUGGCUAAUGCCACCAUGAAUGCAAUUGAGAGUCUUCUGAGGAUGGUUCACCUUGCCCCUUCUAAUAGAAGAAGCAUUCAAAUACUCAAAGAUGUCAGUGGCAUUGUCAAACCAUCAAGGAUGACACUGCUUUUAGGUCCCCCUGGUGCAGGGAAAACAACAUUGCUGAGGGCACUUGCAGGAAGGCUUGAUGAUGAUUUAAAGAAAACGGGGAAAGUUACAUAUUGUGGCCAUGAAUUUCAUGAAUUUUUCCCACAAAAGACAUGUGCUUAUAUUAGUCACCUUAAUCUUCACCAUGGAGAGAUGACAGUGAGGGAAACUCUAGAUUUCUCGGGCCGCUGUUUGGGGGUUGGAACAAGGUAUGAAUUGCUGGCAGAACUGUCGAGACGGGAGAAGCAAGCGAGAAUCAAACCAGAACCUGAACUCGAUGCAUUCUUGAAGUCCAUUUCAGUCGCUGGCCAAAAGACCAGUUUGGUCACUGAUUACAUUAUCAAGAUUCUUGGGUUAGACAUUUGUGCAGACAUCAUAGUUGGGGAUGAAAUGAGGAGGGGUAUCUCGGGUGGACAAAAGAAGCGUCUAACCACUGGAGAAAUGUUGGUUGGACCUGCAAAAGUUCUUCUAAUGGAUGAAAUAUCGACUGGGUUAGAUAGUUCCACAACUUUUCAAAUUGUGAAAUAUAUGAGGCAAUUGGUUCAUGUUAUGGAUGUAACAAUGGUGAUUUCUCUGCUCCAACCAGCCCCCGAGACGUAUGAUCUUUUCGAUGACAUAAUCUUGCUCUCAGAAGGGCAGAUUGUGUAUCAAGGUCCAAAGGAAAACGUUCUCGAGUUCUUUGAGAAAACGGGAUUCAAAUGUCCUGAGCGGAAGGGAAUUGCUGAUUUUCUCCAAGAAGUGACCUCCAAGAAUGAUCAAGAACAAUACUGGUUCAGAAAAGAGGAAACAUAUAGAUACAUCUCGGUUCCCGAAUUUGCAGAGGCUUUCGAUUCGUUUCAUCUUGGCAACCAGCUUGCCUAUGAGCUUAGCGUUCCUUACGAUAAGCCCGAAACUCACCCUGCUGCAUUGGUGAAAAGGAAGUACGGUAUCUCCAAUUGGGAGUUACUCAAGGCAUGCUUCUCCCGGGAGUGGCUGCUAAUGAAACGUAACUCUUUUGUUUACAUUUUCAAGACUUGUCAGAUAACCAUCUUGUCCAUUUUUGCCCUUUCGGUUUUCUUGAGGACAAAGAUGCCAUAUGGUAGACUACAAGACGGGAGGAAAUUCUAUGGGGCUCUGUUCUACAGUCUCAUCAAUGUGAUGUUUAAUGGAACGAUCGAGACAGCAAUGACAGUUAUGAGGCUUCCUGUGUUCUUUAAACAGCGGGAUCAUUCGUUCUAUCCCGCUUGGGCCUUUUGCCUGCCAAUUUGGUUCUUGAAAAUACCCCUAUCGUUCAUCGAAUCAGCAAUUUGGAUUGUUUUUACAUAUUACUCAAUCGGUUUCGCUCCUUCUGCUGGAAGGUUCUUUCGUCAUUUUUUGACGUUAUUUAGUACACAUCAGGCGGCUCUUUCUCUAUUCCGAUUCAAUGCAGCAAUUGGAAAAACACUGGUGGUUUCAAGCACCUUAGCUACAUUUACCUUGUUGUUGGCCUUCGUGCUUAGCGGUUUCAUAAUUGCUUACAAUGACAUUAGGCCAUGGAUGAAAUGGGGUUAUUAUGUUUCUCCUAUGAGUUAUGGGGAGAAUGCAUUAGUCAUGAACGAGUUUCUCGACGAAAGAUGGAGCGCUCCUAAUAUAUACCCCAAAAUUCAAGAACCUACUGUAGGGAGAGCACUUCUCAAGGCGAGAGGCUUUGUAACAGACAACUACUGGUUCUGGAUUUGCAAUGGAGCUCUCUGGGGAUUUUCGCUUCUCUUCAAUGCUUUAUUUAUAGCAGCACUUUCUAUCUUAAAUCCUUAUGGUGACUCAAGGGCUGCAGUCUUGGAUGAGGAUGUUGUUGAAAAUAAGAAAAACGAGUCUUUUGAAGGUAUGAUUCCCGAAAAGAGGAAUGCUUCGAGGAGAGGAAUGGUUCUUCCUUUUCACCCCUUGUCGCUUGCUUUUAACCAUAUCAACUAUUACGUGGAUAUGCCAUCUCAAAUGAAGAGUGAAGGCGUUAACGAAGACCGCCUCCAGCUCCUUCAGGAUGUUAGUGGUGCUUUCAGACCGGGAGUACUGACAGUGCUUGUAGGUGUCACGGGUGCUGGAAAGACAACCUUAAUGGAUGUCUUAGCGGGACGAAAGACCAGUGGAUACAUCGAAGGUAGCAUCAGCGUUUCCGGUUAUCCAAAGAACCAAUCAACUUUUGCUCGAGUCAGUGGUUACUGUGAACAAAACGAUAUCCAUUCACCCAAUCUUACUGUUUAUGAAUCCGUCAUUUAUUCUGCUUGGCUCCGUCUUUCUGCUGAUAUUAACAAGAAUACACGCGAGAUGUUUGUAGAAGAAGUGAUGGGACUGGUUGAGCUUAAUCCUAUAAGAAAUUCGUUAGUUGGUCUUCCCGGGGUGGAUGGUCUUUCGACUGAACAAAGAAAACGGUUGACAAUCGCUGUGGAGUUGGUUGCUAACCCGUCUAUAAUAUUCAUGGACGAACCAACAUCCGGGCUCGAUGCCCGAGCUGCUGCUAUUGUUAUGCGAACUGUAAGAAAUACAGUGGACACUGGGAGAACCGUUGUGUGCACCAUUCACCAGCCAAGUAUCGACAUAUUUGAAGCUUUUGAUGAGUUACUAUUGAUGAAGAAAGGAGGACAGAUGAUUUAUGCAGGACCACUCGGUUGUAACUCUCGUAAACUGAUAGAAUAUUUUGAGGAUGUGCCCGGGGUUCCUAAGAUCAUGAACGGAUAUAAUCCCGCUACAUGGAUGUUGGAGAUCACUGCUACUGCAUUUGAGGCACAAAUUGGAGUUGAUUUUGCAGACAUUUAUGCCAACUCUUCGCUCUAUCAGAGGAAUCAAGAACUCAUAAAAGAACUCAGCACCCCGCCACCCGGUUCUAAAGACCUUCACUUCCCAACGAAAUACUCCCAAACAUUCGUCGAACAAUGCAAAGCUUGUUUCUGGAAACAACAUUGGUCUUACUGGAGGAACCCACAGUACAAUGCCAUUCGUCUGUUCGUAACAAUACUUACCGGGAUUUUGAUUGGAAUUAUCUUUUGGGACAAAGGAGACAAAGUGCAAAAGCAACAGGAUCUGGAGAACAUCAUGGGAGCUAUCUUUUCUGCUAUAAUUUUCAUUGGAGCUACAAACACUAAUUCAGUGCAAGCUGUGGUUUAUGUAGAGAGAACGGUUUUCUAUCGUGAACGUGGUGCUGGGAUGUAUUCAGCUUUCCCCUACGCGUUUGCUCAGGCUGGUAUAGAAGCAAUCUAUGUUGCUGUUCAGACCAUUUCGUAUUGUCUCCUACUAUACUCGAUGAUUGGAUUCGAGUGGACAGCGGGGAAGUUUCUAUGGUUCUACUACUUCAUGUUCAUGAGCUUCUUCUACUUCACACUGUUUGGAAUGAUGCUCGUUGCACUAACUCCCGGGGUCGAGUUUGCUUCCAUCGUUAUGGCUUUCUUCCUCACCUUCUGGAACCUCUUCUCUGGUUACCUCAUUCCCAGAACACAAAUUCCAGUAUGGUGGAGAUGGUACUACUGGGCAACACCGAUUUCGUGGACAAUUUAUGGGCUAGUGGCGUCGCUGUUAGGGGAUAAAGAGUCUCUGGUUGAGGUUCCUGGAGAAUUAGAUGAUAUGACAGUGAAAGAGUUCCUUAAAGAUAACUUAGGAUUUGAUUAUGGUUUCCUUCCUGCUGUUGCUGUUGGGCAUGUUGGUUGGGUUCUCCUCUUCUCCUUUGUGUUUGCUUAUGGUAUCAUGUUCCUUAACUUCCAAAAGAGAUAAUAAGACUAUCAAAUUUUCCU